GACUUUCUACUGAAUUGCCGUCUCUCAAUUUUAUACGGUGUUCUUCUUGUUGAAGUCGCUCCAUUAAUUUUGAAAUUGUUUUAUCAGUUGAUACUGUCGAAUCCCAGGCAGAAUGGAAGUGACUAAACCUUUCUGGUAGACUAUUCAAAAUUCGAGAGAUAAUCCAAUCAUCUUCUAUUUUUUCACCAAUAGCACCCAGCUCCUGCGAUAACCCAUCUAUGGCAAGACAGUUGUCGACUGCAGUUUUAUUAUCAUCGUAUUUAUAAGCGAAGAAUUGCAUGCGUAGUCCAUCUUUGGUCGAUUGAGACCUUUUACCAUACAGCGUUUCCAGACGUUCGAGCAUUUCCGAAGCAGUUUUGCAUACACAUAUUUUCAAUGCUAUACUUUCAUCAACGUUUAUGCCUAUGAUCGUUUGUGCUUCCAAGUAUUUCCUACACCAUUCAUCAUAAGAAGCAUCGUUUUCAGAAGGCUUGACUGUAACACCUGUGGCUAUAUUAUAGAGUGCUUUCGUUCUUAGUAUAAGAUUUACUUUGAAGCGCCAUGAUGUGUAAUUACUUAGACCUGUAUUAUCAGACUUUUCGACUAGCUUGUCCAAGUUCAAUUUUGCUUCAACCAUGAUUAGCUUUCAAUACUAAUACAGGGUUGGGCAGAAAAACCUGACACAUUUUAAAAAAUCGUUAUUCCCCUCCAAGUGAAAAGAGGGCGCUGUAACUCCGGAGCGAAAAAUAGAUGGUUGAAGGUUUAUGUUUACAUAUCAGUACAGUUCCAGUAUGGAGAAGUGGCCGCCGCAACAACGCGCGUUCGUUUGCGAGCGUUUUUUCAUAACUCAGUCCUACGUUCAAGCAAUUCGCGAUUUUCGUAUUGAAUAUUCUCUUCGUCCACGAGAUCCGGUUCCCUCUCGUAAUUCUGUGAAUCUGUGGGUCAAAAACUUCCGACAAACAGCUACAGCCACGAAACAAAAGCCUCCAGGGCAACCAAGAACGGUAAGAACCCCUGAAAAUGAGACACGCGUUCGCACCUCUUUGCAACGAAGUCCACGCCGUUCUGCCGGUAAACAUGCUCAAGCUCUCGGAAUGUCUCGUCGAUCGUUUAGCAGAAUGUUGAAAGCGAUGAAUUUUCAUCCCUACAAAAUUCUCAUAACCCAGGAAUUGAAAUAUACCGACUAUGCAGCUCGAUUAAGAUUCGCAGAAAAAAUGAAGGAGUUGUUGGACAACGAAGAAAUUGACCAGUGGGGAAUAGUGGGGCCUUACUUCUUUCAAGGAACGAUCAACACGGAGCGCUAUCUGGAGAUGUUAAAAACGUUCUUAAUACCGGAGUUGAAGAAGAAACGCAAGUUUCGUCGCACCUUCUUCCAACAAGAUGGCGCCACGUGCCGUACGGCGAAAAAGACGUUGGAUUUCCUACGCGAAGAAUUCGGAACCCGUCUGCUGUCUCGCAACACUGAGUUUCCAUGGCCACCACGUUCGCCCGAUCUCUCAGUGUGCGACUUCUUUUUGUGGGGCUAUUUGAAGCAACGUGUCUACGCUAACAAACCUCGAACCUUGGACCAGCUGAGAGCCAAUAUUCGGAGAGAAAUUGCAGAAAUAAAGCUAGCGAUGUUGAAAAAAGUGUAUGACAAUUUCGAAAAACGCUUCGAAAAUUGUAUUGCUUGUAACGGCCAUCAUUUAGCCGAUAUAAUUUUUGGUAAAUAAACAAAAAAA